AUGCAGAGUAUAUAUCCUAUCAAGUUGAAGGAGCGAGUUCAAGAGUACCGCAAGGAACACCUAUGGGACAUUGGUUACAAAAAAGCAUUCGCAGAGGCCAGCGCAAAACUUCAUGAGUUUGAGACUGAAUUUGCAUCAAAAAGUUCAAAUUUGAGCGCUGAGGAGAAGCUCCAGAAGGAAGAGCUUGAAGCGAGGAUUGAAGUACUGCAGACUUUGGAAAAGAAGUUUUCAGACAUUGGCCCUACUUAUGACUGUGUUGUGUUCCAUGAUGGUGAAGUUUGGUGGGCGUGCAUCGACACAUCGGAGCAGGGCGAGCUGAGCGAAGGCGUGCUGCUGGCCGAGUACGGGGUGACCCACCAGCACGCGCACCUCACCGCGCUCGACCAGAUGACCGUCAGCAUCAACGUGCACGACAACGGCAACACCCUCGAGGUCGUCGGCAUGUGCUCGACGCACGGCACGCACGUGGCGGCGAUCGCGGCCGGCUGCUUCGAGGGCCAGCCGGAGCUGAACGGGUGCGCGCCGGGCGCGCGCGUCGUCUCGCUCACGAUCGGCGACGCGCGCCUCGGCUCCAUGGAGACGGGCGCGGCGCUGGUGCGCGCCUGCCUGCAGAUCAUGCGCCUCGCCAAGGAGCGCCGCCUCGACCUCGUCAACAUGAGCUACGGAGAGCACGCGCACUGGUCCAACUCGGGGCGCGUGGGAGACAUCAUCGCCGAGGUGGUGAACCGGUACGGCGUCACGUGGGUGGUGUCCGGCGGCAACCACGGCCCGGCCCUGGGCACGGUGGGCGCCCCGCCCGACAUCGCGCAGCCCGUGCUCAUCGGCGUGGGCGCGUACGUGUCGGCCGAGAUGAUGUCGGCGGCGUACUCGAUGCGCGCGCGCGCCCCGCCCGGCGCCUUCAGCUGGAGCUCGCGCGGGCCCUGCGCCGACGGCGCGCUCGGCCUCUCCGUCUGCGCGCCCGGCGGCGCCGUCACCUCCGUCGCCAGGUUCAUGCUGAGGAACUCCCAACUAAUGAACGGGACUUCGAUGGCCGCCCCUCACGUUGCCGGCGCGGUUGCGUUGCUGAUCUCGGGUUUGAAACAGAUGGGCCUGCCCUACUCACCAUAUUCGGUGAAGAGGGCGCUAGAGAACUCGGCUACUCACCUCGACCACGUGGAGCCCUGGGCUCAAGGGUGGGGUCUCCUCGACGUCAAUAAGGCGUUCGAGCUGCUGAGCGCGCACCACGGCGCGGUGGAGCGCGACGUGCGCUUCGGCACGACGUGCGGCGCCGCCGGCAAGGGGGUGCUGCUGCGGCCGCGCCACGGCGCCCCGCCCGCCGAGGCGACGGUCACCGUCGAGCCGCACUUCCACCGGCCGCACGACGAUUUCGACAACAAGUCGGUCAUUCCCAAGCAGAUCUCGUUCGGGGUGCGGCUGGCGCUGGUGUGCCGCAGCAGCUGGGUGUCCGCGCCCGCCCACCUCGACCUCAACAACGCGCCGCGCGGCCUGGCGCUGCGCAUGCGCACCGCCGCGCUGCCGCCCGGCCCCCACUUCACCAGCGUGGACGCGUACGACGUGUCGUGCGUGGCCAAGGGGCCGGUGUUCCGCGUGCCCAUCACGGUGCUGCAGCCGCAGCGCCUCGACCUGGACUCGCCCGGCUGCCCGCGCUUCGCCGAGAAGGCCGUGCCCUUCAAGCCCGGCACCGUGCGCCGCCACUUCGUCAUCCCGCCGCUGGAGGCGACGUGGGGGGUGGUGCGCAUCCGGCUGAGCGGCGUGGGCGGCGGCGGGUGCGGGGGCUGCGGCGGGGGCGCGGGCGGCGGCGGGGGCGGGGCCGGCGGUGGGGCCGCCGGCGAGGACGUCGAGCGCACGGGCCGCUUCCUGGUGCACGCGAUGCAGCUGCUGCCCCAGCGCAGCUGCCGCGCGUCCGAGACGCAGAAGAUGCUCAACGUCAGCGCGGAGGCGCCGGCGCUGGUGCACUUCCAGCUGCAGGGUGGCGUGAUGCUGGAGGUGGUGAUCGCCAAGUACUGGGCGAACAUCGGCGAAGUGAGCGCCGACUACGCGGUGGAGUUCCACGGGCUGAAGCCCGACUUCGGCUCGCAGCUGUGGCUGGGCGGCGCCCAGGCGCCCGCCGCCGUGCUGCUCUCCGCGCUGCGUCUGCAGGAGGUGCAGCCCUUGGCGCAGCUCAAGUACGCGGAGCCAGUCUACAGGCCCGCUGAGUCCAAGAUCGCGCCGCUGUUAUCGCGCGACGUGAUCCCGCCCGGCCGCCAGAUCUACCAGCUGAUCAACACAUACAACUUCCACCUGACCAAAGCGACGGAGGUGUCGCCCAUCGUGUCGCCGCUUUGCGAGACCCUUUACGAGUCCGAGUACGAGUCGCAGAUGUGGAUGCUGUACAACAGCAAUAAGCAGCUGUUGGCCGUCGGCGAUGCGUAUCCCUCUAAGUACUCGGUGAAGCUGGAGAAGGGCGAGUACGUGCUGCGGCUGAACGUGCGCCACGAGACGCGCUCGCUGCUGGAGCGGCUGCAGGAGCUGCCGGUGGUGGUGCAGCAGCGGCUGCCGCAGCCCAUCACGCUCGACGUGUUCGCGUCGCACUCGCAGGUGCAUCCACGCCCCCUCGACUUAAGCCCCCCCGACGCGGUGGUCGGCGGCAAGAAGUUCAGCCCGUCGCCGCUCGCCGGCGGGGCUCUGCUGCCGCUGUACAUCGCGCCGCCGCCCGCGGAGAAGGUGGGGCGCGGGCAGCUGUGCGUGGGGCACACGCUGUCGGGCACGGUGAGCUUCGCGCGCGAGGAGGGCGCCCGCCGCGUGGCCGUCUAUUCGCUGCGGCUGGCGCCGUGCGAGCCGCCGCGCCGCCAGCCCGCGCGCCGCCACGACGACUACGCCGACGCCCACAAGGACCUCGCCGCCACCUGGAUGGCCAAGCUCGAGGGCGAUAAAUUAGAACAGCUGUACGAGGAAUUGUUAGAAAAGUACCCGGGCUAUAUGGGAACACAUGUGGCUUAUUUAAACAGCGUGGACUCACCGACGGAUCCCAAAAAGUUGCCUCUCGUUGAUGAGGAUCCUGACGUAACAACUGCCUGGUGUGAGCAGCUCAUAACGAUUGCCGAUAAGGUGAUAAAGCAGAUAGACCAAGACAAGCUGCUGGCUUACUUGGGAAUGAAGAAUGACACGCGCAGCGACGCCACUAAAAUCAAGCAGGAGCAGGAGCGCGCGCGCUGCUGGCUGGUGGAGGCGCUGUGCCGGCGCGGCGCGGCGCUGGCGCGGCUGCACGCGCUGGCGCAGAGCGGCGCGGCGCGCGACAAGAUCGCGGACGCGCUGCGCACCAACCUGGCGGACGUGCUGCGGCUGGGCGAGGCGGGCGAGGCGCGCGUGGCGCACUGCCUGGCCUGGCACUGCGCCGCCGCCGCCGCCUGGGGCCGCUGCGCGCGCACGCUGCUCAAGCUGCUGGACGAGCGGCCCUCGCGCGACCUCGAGCUGCGCCUGGUGGCGCUGCUGCGCCGCCUCGGCUGGCCCGCGCUGGCGCUCUUCGCCGACCGCGCGCUGCCCGCCAAGUACCCCGCCGCCUACCGCCCCUUC